AUGGCCGCUCGCAAUACCCUACGCCGCUCCUUGCUCUACGUCCCCGGGUCUUCCCAGCGUUUUCUCGAUAAAUCCCGCUCGCUCGCGGCGGAUUGUGUCGCCUAUGAUCUUGAGGACAGCGUGACUCCGCACAUGAAGGCAGAGGCCCGCGGCCUGGUGCGGAGAGCGAUUGACCAACCCACACCGACUAGUAUUCGCGAACGCGCGGUGCGAAUCAACUCUGUAGACAGCGGUCUGGCAUUGGGUGACCUGACAGAAGUGCUCCAAUCGCCAAACCUAACAACGAUCGUGAUUCCCAAAGUCAACUCAGCCUCCGACCUAACAUUCGUAACGGACGUCAUCUCCCACACCCUCGCGCAACAACCCCAAUUCGAGAACAGACCACCCAUUUCCCUGCUCGCCCUAGUCGAGUCCGCCAAGUCCCUCACCAACCUCACUCAAAUCUGCGGUCUUCGGGAGUUUCUCUUCGCGCGUUCGGCGAUCGCGACUGCCGCACGCGCAGCCGAUCUCCCCUCGACAAUCGAUCUCGUUUGCACAACAUACAAGUCUGAGAAAGGUGAUGGGUCACCGCCGGCUGUGCUGCAGGAGGAAUGUCUUGAUGGACGCCGACUUGGAUUCAACGGCAAGCAGUGUAUUCACCCGUCGCAGGUGAAGGUUGCGAACGAUAUCUUUGGGCCGCAGGAGGAGGAGACGACGUGGGCUGUGCGGUGUGUGAUUGCUGAUGAUAAAGCUGCUGCUGCGGGGCGCGGGGCUUGGACUCUGGAUGGUAAGAUGAUUGAUGUGCCUGUUGCGCAGAAGGCGAGGGCUAUUGUUAAAAAGGCUGAGGCUGUUGGUGUCGAUGUUCAGGCGCUCCGGGAACAGUGGAAGCAUCAAGAGCCUGAGUAG